CCUCAUUUUGUGAAAGCAUCCGCCCUUUGCCCACGAUGGAAGCCUUGAUCCAAGCUCGCCAAGAGCAAUAUGGUUCAUCAUCGGUGCCAUUAUAUGGCACUACGACACGCGAUUCUAGCACCACAGCACCAACAUCGCCAACUCUGACUACCCCGGGAUCCUCAACAGCUCUGUCGUCUCAAACCACGUCGGCAAGUGUGGUAAAUUCCUCCUCGUCCAGCACUCCUACCAGCACCGCAUCCAGCCUGCCCUCGUACAGCAACGGCGUCAGUAAAGGUGCUCUGGCAGGGGCAAUCGUUGGAUCCAUUGCCGGGACUGCUAUUCUGGCCAUUAUUGGUGCUGCACUUUUCUUUCGCUCAAGGAGAAAAAGCACACCCCAGUCUAGCAGUUCUGGUGACUCCGAUCGAGACGGCGUGGAGUUGGUGAAACCGCGGGCCAGGGUUCAAGCUCUAUCGGGUUCCUCCCCCAUUUCCCCAACAGGAGGUCACAACUCACAGCUCGAUUUGAUCCCCUUCAUCCCGCAGCCAGCCGACGACCAGACUGUUAGCACACGCAUACAGACUCUCUUCGACCACAUCGGCCUUCAUGUCGACAAUUAUUACGUGCCCGCAAGAUAUGAGAGCAUAUCACCAACCCCAGAGGAAGCUUCUCGCAUAGAAAGCUAUACUUCUUCCUCGGUGACUGGAUCCUUGACAACCGCUUUGGCUAGCCGCCGCGCCCGUCGACCCGUUCUGAAUCAUGUCUUGGCUCGAAACAUACUACAAGCUAUCCAACCUGGAGGGUCUCUGUAUCCUCCGUUUAUAGAGUCUCAUGGGGUUGAGCCGGGCUCGGUCGCCAAUUCGACGGGUGCCAUGUUCGCAUGGCGCAUGCUGACAUCUCGCCUGCAUGCCCAGUACCUGGACACAACGUCGGAAGCUGCACAAAAGAACAUCGCGACUCUCGCAGAGGGAUUUUCAGAAGUGUUUGGCCUAUACCGUAACCACGAGCUCCCGGAUUCAGAUCGCAGGCGUCAUUUGGUUAGUGUUGUGAAAGAGGCAGCUCAGCUGAGCGUAUGGCUAUUUACCCAGCCGUGCUCGUUCGAGUUUAGCUGGAGUGCGCCAUCUCCUGGCUCUAUUGUUAUCCUGCCGGCUGUGAUGAAGAUCAGUGACGAACGGGGGGAUAAACUGCCGGUCCCCCAGAAGAUGGUGGAGGAGACGAUGGCUCAGAUAUGAUUUCACACUUAGGGUGGAAAUAUAAUGAUCUCUGGCAGUAUCAUAAUCCUGAAAGCCUCUCCCAUAUAAAGUACCAUAAAUCUAAGUAUCUUUCCCCUUCGCCUGCCUCCAGCGUAGCAAAUCCCGCAUCUCAUCCCCAACAUCUAACCCCAGUCCUCCUCCUGUGCUACCCUUCAUCCCCAAACUCACCUCCCCACCACCAACACCAGCAGCUCCCUCCCCUGGCAACUCCUGCACCUCCACC